UAUAUUAAGUUCAAUAAAUUUUGAAUUAUUUUCAAUAGGGAAUAUUACGCGAACCUCUGCGUAGGGGGCGCCACUACCACAAUCCAUCAAAAUCUAUCGCUGGUCUACCGCGAAACAAGAAAAUCCAAAUUUCGUUAUCUAACCUCUCUAUCACUCUUGCACAUUCGAGCGAUAAAGACGCAGAUAAAUUGACCUCAUGUUUAUAUAUUUACAAAUUGCUAUAAAACUGUAAAAUAAUUGAAAGUGGGUUAUUGUUGUUAUAAAAAGUGUGCAGAAAGUGAUAGGUUGCACUAGAGCAUUUUACUUUCCAAGUACGAUUUUUUUUACGGUAAGCAAUUGAAAUUUGCUUUUAAAUGGACUUGUUAUACAAAUUCCAUUCUGAUAUUUAACGGUUCCAUAAAUAACGGUUUCUUUACUUAAAUGGUUAAUUGAAAAUACCCUCAAGAAAUGCUAUUAAAUGAUAAAUUAUAGUUACAAUGUUUAAAAAAAACACGUAUUUACUUUACUCGUAUUCGAAAUGAAAAGUAGAUUGUUUAACUCAGGUGAAAGGUAUCAUUUCAGCAUCGUACUAAAUGAGUGCCUUUCAUCCCAUUAACUUUAACAAUCUACUAUUAUCUGCUUUCGAAAGAUACAAUUUAAAACUUGAUUGAAACUGAAUUCUUAUUAAUAUGGAAGGUAAAGUUAAGAAUAGAAUCUCCAUAUACCAAAAAAACCAUCCGUCCGCCAAAAAAACCUUAAAUAGGUGGCGCUACAAUACCUAGAAUACUUGAGAAAAAAAUCUGAUCAUAGACAGCGCACUUUACACCGUCAAUAACGUCUGGGUUCUUAGCUACUCUAGCGCUACUCUGGAGAGAUUUGGAGCUAUUAUUUAUAGCUGACAGCUGGACACUUGCAAUAGUUCUGCCUAUGGAGAUUCUAUUCCUUGCCUCUACCUUCCAUAGGUAUAGUUAUGAUAAUGACAUUGACAGUUGAAUUAUGGAAUAAAUGAUAAAUGCGCCAUCUGUCAUGUCACAUCCAAACUGCUACACCACUGACCUGCACUAUCGUGUAAUGAGUUUGCGUGAAACGAAACGCGAACUUGACAGGGUUAGAUAUAUAAUUGACAGAUGACAGAUGCACUGUGUGACUGUGACACAAGAACACUCCCGUAUUCCGUUCAUGGGUGUGCUUUUACAAAUCUAAUAUUCCAUCCAAUUUUCGUAACAGUGAAUAGUGAAUUAAACCAAGGAAACCUCAACAUCGUGAAUGAAAACGUCCUUUAAACUGCUCAAGAAAUCAAUUACUUCAAUCGUUAACACCAGUUCACUCGUGCGCGGUAUGGCGUCGUUCGCGGCGCAGGCGGCACUGCGCUCGCGCUGGUCCAGCCUCAUCGAGUCCACCAGCGUCGACGUGCCCGGGGAGGUCACGGACGGCGUCCGCUCCGUCGUCGGAUGGCUUAAACAGGCGUCAUUAGAAGUACGCCAGGUUGGGCGGCGCGCGGUGAGCCAACUCUCUGGCCGCGGCAUGGACGAUGUGCUCAUCAUCCACUACAACGAUGUCUACAACAUUGAACAGACCACCAAAACGGAGCCGGUCGGCGGAGCCCUACGAUUCAGCACGGCGGUCAAAGCCAUGCAGCACUUAAACCCAUUGGUGCUGUUCAGCGGAGACGUGUUCUCGCCUAGCAUGCUAAGCACAUAUACGAAAGGCGAACAGAUGGUGCCAGUUCUAAACGAAAUUGGAACACAUUGUGCUGUUUUUGGAAACCAUGAUUUUGAUUUCGGCCUAGAAGUCCUCUCAGGGCUAGUCGCUCAAUGCAAUUUCCCCUGGCUGAUGUCCAACGUGAUAGACAACGAGACCGGCCGUCCCCUGGGCGACGGGCGCAUCACUCAUGCUCUCCUGUGUAACGGCCACAAGAUCGGACUCAUAGGGCUUGUGGAACAGGAGUGGCUGGAGACGCUGGCGACGAUAAACCCUGAGGAAGUGACCUUCAUUGACUUUCUGCAGGCGGGGGCCAAAUUGUCGGAACAACUCAAACAGGAGGGUUGCGAGUACGUGAUAGCGCUCACACACAUGAGGACCCCGAACGAUAUAAAGCUGGCGGAGGGCAAUACGGAGAUAGACCUCAUACUGGGCGGCCACGACCACGUCUAUGAGGUUAUUGAGGUAAACAACAAAUACAUAGUUAAGAGCGGCACAGAUUUCCGCCAGUUCUCGAAGAUCAACAUAAGCUUCGGGCCCGAUUCGACCCGUGUCGACAUCGCCGACGUCCAUGUCACCAGCUCGUUCGCCGAGGACCCCGUGCUUAAAGCCAAGACCGACAAGUACUCUGCAAUGAUCGAGGGCAAGAUGGACGAGGUUCUAGGCAAGUUCUGCGUGCCGCUAGAAGGACGGUUCUCCUGCAUCCGACGGCAGGAGUGCAACCUCGGCAAUUGGAUCUGCGAUGUGCUUCUGGCGGCCACUGGGGCUGACUUGGUGCUGCUCAACUCGGGCACUUUUAGAUCUGAUCAGGUGCACCCGGCCGGGGACUUCACGCUGCGCGACCUGGGCGCCGUCAUCCCCAUGCGCGACCCGCUCGUGCUGCUGGAGGCCACCGGCGCCGACGUGCUGCAGGCGCUGGAGAACUCCGUCAGCCAAUAUCCUAGCUUGGAAGGCCGGUUUCCACAAGUGGCCGGCAUAUCCUUCGCCUUCGACCCCACCAAGCCGGUGGGCUCUCGCGUCGCCGAGCAGGUCGUGAAGAUCGGAGACGAAUACCUGCAGAGGGAACAGCGGUACCGACUCGCCGUUAAAGAUUACCUGUACAAGGGCAAUGACGGGUUCAACAUGCUGCCCGGCUGUAGGUUACUGGUAUCCGAAGAUUUGUGUCCGGAGAUCGGGCUGGCGGUGCAGAACCACUUCGCGGCUAUAAACGUGCGCUCGGGUCGAGCGAGGGCUUCUAAGCAUCGCCAGUCGUUGGUUACUCUCAGUCGCAGACACAGCCUGGUGAAGAUGCUGGACGUGUCGGAGCUGGACGGGCCGCCGCCCCUCCGCCGCGCCUCCUCCGCGGCCGAGCCGCCCGCGCACCCGCCCCCACACCCCCACCACCGAUUGACUCGCCGCGCGUCGCUCGACGACUUGGAGCAGCAGUCGUGCGAACUGGCGCCCAAAGUCGAGAACCGGAUCAUACUCAUCGACAAACCCGAGACGCUGCAGGCGCUGCUGGCCGCGCGCGCGCGCUGGGAGGCCGACACGGCCAUCGCCGAGGUCGACGACGAGAACUCGCCCUAAUUACGAGAUUCAUCGACGGCUAAUUAAUCGCUUCAAUCACUUAGGCGUCAAUCGCGAUUAACUUGUGAAUUCUGCACAACAAUUUGGUUCAUGUCUGUAGUGUAAGUUAACUCCUAAUAGCACGCCGCGAUUAAUCAACGGCAAAUUAAUCGUUUCAAUCAAUCGUUUGAGCGUUAAUUGCGAUUGAUUUGUGAGCUCUACACGACAAUUUGGUUCAUGUCUGUAGUGUAAGUUAACUCCUAAUAGCACGCCGCGAUUAAUCAACGGCAAAUUAAUAGUUUCAAUCAAUUAUCUGAGCGUUAAUCGCGAUUAAUUUGUGAGCUCUACACAGCAAUUUGGUACUGUAGUGUAAGUUAAU